AUGGCUGUCCUCUCCGUGCUCCUUUCGAUUACUUUGCUUCUCUCGAGGGUCUCCGGAACUCCAGUGUCAAGCCCGAGACACGAAUCGUGCAAUACUGUUGACCAAGGGUACCAGUGCUUUCCUGGAGUCUCUCACCUGUGGGGUCAGUAUUCGCCCUACUUCUCGGUCGAUAAUGAGUCUUCACUCUCGGAAGACAUUCCGGAUCACUGCCAGAUUACCUUUGCUCAGGUGCUCUCACGUCACGGUGCACGGUAUCCUACCAAGGAUAAAUCUGCAAAGUACGCCAAGCUCAUAAAGGCCAUCCAGCAUAAUGCUACCUCCUUCCCGGGGGAUUAUGCGUUCUUGAAGUCCUACAACUACUCACUCGGCGCGGAUGACCUUACACCCUUUGGAGAGAACCAAUUGGCGGAUUCGGGCGUUAAAUUUUACCGGCGUUAUGAGACACUGGCCAAGAACAUUGUUCCUUUCAUUCGGGCAGCGGGUUCGGAUCGGGUAAUUGCGUCUGGAGAGAACUUCAUUAAGGGCUUCCAGAAGGCAAAACUUGGUAAAUCCAAGUCUGGACGGAAUCAGACUGCUCCUAUUGUCAAUGUGGUUAUCCCCGAGACUGAAGGGUUCAAUAAUACAUUGGACCACAGUACCUGCACAGCCUUUGAGAACAGUGAAGUAGAAGAACAGGCGGAGGACAAGUUCAUGGAUGUCUUUACACCUUCGAUCCUCAAGCGGCUGGAGAAGGAUCUCCCCGGGGCCAAGCUCUCGAAGAAAGAGGUUGUCUAUCUCAUGGACAUGUGCUCAUACGACACCGUCGCCUUGACCCGUGACGGUAGCCGCAUUUCACCCUUCUGCGCGUUGUUCACUCACGAAGAAUGGGUGCAAUAUGACUACCUGCAGUCAGUCAAGAAGUACUAUGGCUACGGUGCAGGCAACCCUCUCGGACCCGCGCAAGGCAUUGGCUUCGCCAACGAGCUGAUCGCUCGGUUGACCCAGUCCCCUGUCGAGGACCACACAAGCACCAACACCACCUUGGACUCGAACCCCGCCACAUUCCCACUGAAUGCCACUCUCUAUGCGGACUUCUCGCACGAUAAUACGAUGGUCUCCAUUUUCUUUGCGCUUGGACUUUACAAUAACACCGAGCCCCUGUCGCAAACUUCAGUGCAGUCCACCGAGGAGACAAAAGGCUAUUCCGCUGCCUGGGCCGUUCCUUUUGGGUCCAGAGCCUAUGUGGAGAUGAUGCAGUGCAAGGGCGAGAAGGAGCCUCUUGUCCGAGUACUGGUCAACGAUCGGGUUAUCCCACUGCAGGGCUGUGGCGCCGACAAGCAUGGCCGUUGCAAACGGGAUGAUUUCAUCGAGGGACUGAGCUUUGUUAGAUCCGGGGGAAACUGGGCACAGUGCUUUGCUUAA